AGCGGUGGCGCUGUACUUGGUGAGCUAUGCCUACUCUAUCGUUCCUGCGUUCCAAACAGCGGAAGGAAAACAAAUCCGCACGCUGUUUAGGCGAUAAUUCGUAGCGCCAAGAAUAAGACGGUACCAAUAGAUCAAAGCCAAAUAUUAAUUACGAAGUUAUUGUAACACGCAGAGUUGCUAAGGACUUUUAUAACUUUGACUUACGAUACGACUGAGUGACUGUGUUGCAGCAGGGAAUAUAGUGGCAGUCCUGCUGUUGGCAUAGUGCGGGCAUUAGACUUGCUCCUGGCGAAGUGUGUUUGUAUUGUAACACUGGGCGCUGCGAAUGGCUAAGAGGAAAGCGGAGCAUCACGUGGCUACCUUGGCGCCCCCGUGCAAAAUGCAUGCAGGGGAAUUGUCCUCAUACCAGUAUGAGCCCAGUAGCGACCCAUUGACUCCCAGAAGGAAAAGAAAGCUUGGGGUGGAUGUUUGUGUGGACGUGAUACUGCCUGCAAGGUGCAACAGUAAGACUCCUGAGCAGGAAACCCUGCCAGCAGCCCAGCCGCCAGUUCCGUGUAAGAAGCAGAGGGUGAUGGAGAGCAAAAGCACAAAUGAGUACAAAUGCCAGAACGAUGAUGACUUCAAAGAAUACAACUCAUUUAAUUACUGGAGGACUCCUUUACCUGAGAUUGAUCUUUCUGAAAUAAUCAUUGAACCUGAAGAAGUUAAUAAGCAUCCUAAACCUAAAACAGAAACAUUAGAAGAGAUGGACAGCUGACUUUACAUUUUAUAUUGAGUGCAAGCAUUUUUUUUUUUUCAUUUUUGUCAAUCUUACUAUUUUUUUUAAAUGACAAUAUAAAUCCUUUGUUCAAUGUGAAAAUAUUUUUUUCUGAGCUGAUUUAUAUUUAAUAUUUUGCGUAAAUAUGAAUAUUCAAAUUGGGUUUGUAUUCCUUUCAGCCUUCGACAGGCCUCCCCCCCCCCCCCGAGGAUUUCAUAGUCAGCCACAUCCCAACAUUGUGGAUUUAGUGCAGUAAUACUUCUGACUUCUUUUCAUCUAAAAAAAAAUAUUUUUUUAAUUUCCGUUUUUCUAAAGCACUAAUGGAGCAUGCCCAAAGCUGUACAAGCCCUAUUCAUUGAAGUUAUGUUGAACACAAGUGUAUAUUGCCAGUUUAAUAAAACAGUAGUUUUGUA